AAAAAAAAAAACUAUUCGUAAAGUUCGGAAGAAAUCACACUAAGCUCCAGUUGAGGUAUCGUUUUCUUCACGAACCCUUUUUCAUCUUCAAUCGACCAAAUUUCUCGAUUGCUCUGGCAUUCAGAAAGCAGAAAUGAGUCCAACUGGCUAUACUGCAGAAGUUACAUGUUUGUCUCCCAGUGCUACUGAGAAGGAUGUCUAUGACUUUUUCGCUUUAUGUGGUGCAAUUGAACAUGUUGAUAUUGUCAGAGCGGGUGAGUAUGCAUGCACAGCCUAUGUGACAUUCAAAAAUGCUCAUGCUCUGGAAACUGCUGUCCUACUCUCUGGAGCAAUCAUUGUGGACCAACCUGUGUGCAUAACCCGAUGGGGGCAUAACGAAGAGGAUCAUUACUUCUGGAACCAUUCUUCGUGGAAUACUGACGACGAAAACAUGCCUAAUGCCUCUCAAGCUCCUCGGGCAGUCCCCACUGCCGGAGAAGCUGUGUCUUUAGCUCAAGACGUGGUCAAAACAAUGAUAUCCAAGGGGUAUGUACUGGGAAAAGACGCAUUCAGCAAGGCAAAAGCCUUGGACGAAUCUCAUCAGGUGUCAGCAACCGCAAUGGCCAAGGUUGCGGAACUGAGCGACAGAAUUGGGCUUACUGAUAAGAUAUUUGUGGGAGUCGAAACGGCGAGGUCAGUGGAUCAAAGGUACCAUAUCUAUGAUACUACCAAAUCUGCUGUGUCCGCCACAGGAAGAACUGCUGUCUCCGCAGCUAAUGCUGUGGUUAACAGCAGUUACUUCUCGAGAGGCGCUCUCUGGGUAUCGGGUGCUCUUAAUCGAGCUGCUCAGGCCGCGGCUGACCUCGGCAGCCGCAGCGGCGAAAAAUGAGAAAACUUGGGGCCGUAUGUGCCUUUUUGUGGUUGUCUGUCUAAAAGUGAUGUGUGGAUGCUUUAUAGCAUUGUUACUGCUAUUACUAUUGCACGCAUCAUUUAUAUAUAUAUAUAUAUAUAUAUCGAAAAAUAGAUCGAAAAAUAGUCUUUGAAUGUGUUAUUAUGAUAAAAUUUAAGAUUUAAAGUGGUGUUAUAUAUAUAUAUAUAUAGAGAGAGAGAGAGAGAUAAUUAGGAUAUAGAGUAAUACAUAAUUUCAAUUAAUAUUAUUGUGAUAAUUGAAAUUAUGUACGGACGGCUUAUAUUUUAUGAUAUACUUUAUGAAUACAUUU